AGCCAUCCCUGGCUCGAGACAUCCUUACGUCCCGCCAGGGCCUUUGGACUUCCAGCGCAGGGCUUGGCGCCCCGCUGGUGUCCAUGGCGCCAGCGGGAGGGGCGGGAGGGCUGCCUAUUGGUAGGUUCCAUGUGCCCAGCAAGUCCGCCGAUAGUCUCGACACAUCGUAUCGACAUAACGCCUCUCCUGCGGCGUCAAACAGAUCCAGGCCUGUAUCCAUUCGAGUCGCUGGCAGGUCCAGCGCCAGCGACAAGAUGGGCAGCAGCGGCUCACCCUCGGCGUCGCCGUCCGGCAGAUCUUCGCCUCGAAGGAGAGGCCGCUCGAGCACCGUCCUCUCCCCGGAGUACUCCCUGGACGACUCUGACCGGGAAGGCGCCUUCUCGCCCGUGGCCUCCGCGUCCAUGUCCCUCCGCGCCUCCUGGCAGGAGCCGCGCUGCUCGCCCUCGGCCACCAGCGGCCACAGCCAGGUUCAGCCCCAGCUUGAUGAGGCCACGGGCUUUUCGCGCACGUCCUACGAUAGGAACGUCACCCGGACCAACAUGCAGAAGUUUGAGCUCGACCGGCGUGAGGCGUGCGCCUGGGUGCGGACAGGCGAGCUGCUGGUGAAGCACCCUCUGAGGCGACCAGACGGAGGUCGUUUUAGUUCGCUGAAGGAGAUGCGCCGGAAGCCGCACGUGCUUCUUCAGCGGGAGAGGAAGUAUAUGUUCGUGGUCAUCGACAGGCACAGGACUGCGAGUGGCCAUCCGGAGCUGAGGUGGGACCGCGACCUCGCACGCGCGGUGGCGCCGCAGGCAAAGGGAAGCCUGGUGCUCUCCGAGGUCCACUACAUCGCGGCCACCGUGCUGGACGAGCCCGACGGCCCGGAGGUCUCGCAGAAGCUGCUGAACGAGUUCCAGAUAGUCUGUUCCAGCUACUCGAUGAAGCUCGUUGCGCCAUCGCGGCAGUCCAUGAAGCUCUGGGUCGUUGGGCUGCUGCAGCUGUCGCAGCUCGCCAGGAAGAGGAACACCAAGUUCAUGCGGACCAAGGUGGACGACGUGUUGUGGAGCACCAUCGUCCGGGAGUUCAGAAGACUAGACCAGGACAAGUCUGGGGACAUCUCUUUGGCGGAGCUCACGGAUCUGAUUCCGGCAGCUGGUGGCAAUUCCAACGCCGUCGGCGAGGUGCUCUCCGAGUUCGAUGCGGACGGCAACGGCGUGCUGCAGCUGCAGGAGUUCGCGCGCCUCUUCCAGGCGCUGGCCGUCAAAGAGGUGCUGGCUCCCUGGUUCCUGAAGUACGCACGUCCUGUGGUGACAGACCUCGGAAUGCAGACAAACGGCAUCAGCACGGACUGCUACCUGCAAUUCCUCGAGCACGAGCAGUGCGAGACUGGCGAGACGGGCGCGGUCUUCGGAGACCUGCAGGACCCCUACGUCGUGUCUGUCGAGGGGCGGCCUCACCUCACCGAGCAGGGGUUCUCGUACCUCCUGUGCUCCUCCAAGAACCCGGCCUUCGAUCCUGCUCGCCGGCAGAGGGUGCACCAGGACAUGACUCGGCCGAUCUCGCACUACUGGGUCUCCUCCUCGCACAACACCUACCUGCAGAGCGAUCAGCUGUUCGGCAAGAGCACGCUGGAGCAGUACAUCGACGUGCUGCUCCGAGGCUGCCGCUGCGUGGAGAUUGACUGCUGGGAUGGCGACGACGGCGAGCCGAUCGUGACGCACGGCUACACGGCCACCUCGCGCCUGAUGUUCCAGGACGUCGUGCGGGUCUGCAGGGACUACGGCUUCGUGGCCUCCCAGUAUCCCCUCACCCUCAGCUUGGAGGUGCAUUGUGGGUCGAAGCAACUGGCGCGCAUGGGACAGAUCCUGAAUGACAUUUUAGGGGACCAGCUGCUUAGACUUCCCGACAGCGGCCUGGCCAACGCAGAGCUGGUCUCGCCCGCUGCGGCGAUGCGGAGGGUGAUCGUCAAGGGCAAGGUGCCUCAUGAGAUCAUCGCGGAGGAUGGGACAGAGACGACGACGACGACCAACAUCCGCGCCUCCUCCGUUGCCAGCAGGAGCACAGCCAGCAUCCGGGCUGCCAGCCAUUCGCCGAAACGGCGCAUGUCUUGGCCAUUCUCACGGUGCCUCGGCACGCUGUCCCGAAGGCUCAGAGUCAUAUCGUAAAUCUAGGGGCAGGGUGCAUGUCGGACUAGAACAAUCCAAGUGUGACGACAGUGCGAACAUCUGCUUACUCAGGGAUUCGAUGAGCGGGCGUGGAUAUUGCGCCAGUACGGUUCAGAGUUUGAAUUAAGCAUUUGGCCCCCAUUCGGUCUUCACAAUUGCGACUGCAGGUAGAGCUCCCUAUGGGGUGUGCCCACAUGGACUUGGUGGGUCGAGUCCCGCAUGCGGGUGCGCUCGCUGAAGCCUUGGGUGGAGCCCGCGAUGGUGCGCGAUCUGGAUGGAGUGUCGUGGAGGACGAUCCGUGGAAAGGAAGCAUGCUGCCA